AUGGGUGACGACACGACCACGAAGUCGAAACGUGACGAGACAGAGGAAGAACGCCGGGCACGUAAGGAGAAGGAACGUGCCGAGCGCAAGGCCAAGGAAAAGGAAGAGAAAAAAGAAAAGGAGGAAAAAGAGGUUGGGAAUGAUGGGGAGAAGGAGCGAAAGUCAAAGCGUGACGAGACAGAGGAAGAACGUCGAGCACGUAAGGAGAAGGAACGUGCCGAGCGCAAGGCCAAGGAAAAGGAAGAGAAAAAAGAAAAGGAGGAAAAAGAGGUUGGGAAUGAUGGGGAGAAGGAGCGAAAGUCAAAGCGUGACGAGACAGAGGAAGAGCGCCGGGCACGUAAGGAGAAGGAACGUGCCGAGCGCAAGGCCAAGGAAAAGGAAGAGAAAAAAGAAAAGGAGGAAAAAGAGGUUGGGAAUGAUGGGGAGAAGGAGCGAAAGUCAAAGCGUGACGAGACAGAGGAAGAACGUCGAGCACGUAAAGAAAAGGAACGUGCCGAGCGCAAGGCCAAGGAAAAGGAAGAGAAAAAAGAAAAGGAGGAAAAAGAGGUUGGGAAUGAUGGGGAGAAGGAGCGAAAGUCAAAGCGUGACGAGACAGAGGAAGAACGUCGAGCACGUAAAGAAAAGGAACGUGCUGAGCGCAAGGCCAAGGAAAAGGAAGAGAAAAAAGAGAAAGGAAAGAAGGAAAUGGAAAAGGAAAAGGAGGAGACCAUUGACGAGGACGGGGAUGACCUUCAAGAUAUUCUUAGUAACAAAAAGGGAGCCAAGCAGGCGUCCCCCAGGAAUGAGCAAGGUGUGUCACCGGAAAGUAGACGAGGACGCACAACUGCGCUAGUAGCUGGGCAGAAAACAGAAGAACUGGCAGCAGCGAUGGCGGCUGAGAAUCAUGCUAUUCGCCAGGCGGCGCACGAAGCAAAGGAAGCAGCUCAACAGAAUGAGAGACGCCGUGCUGAAGAAGAGAGAGAACGAGAAGCACUUGAACGCCGUGAACUGCGGAGAAAAGAGCGGGAGGAGAAGCGAAACAAGCGGGGAAAUGACUCCAAAGCGACGACGGGGCCUCUGGGCACAAGCGCGUUCGCCGCGGAAGACCUCCAGCGGCAGGGGUAUGUCACCCAGUUUGACAAAGAUUUACAGCGUGCGACAGCACUGCGACGGUUGGUAGAUAUGGAUGAUGUUGCGGCUGCCCUGGUUGAUGCGCCGCCGCAAUCUCAAUAUGACAUGUACAUCCGAAGCUUUGGGGAGUCGGGUCGUAAACAAGUAGGCGUACAAAAUCCCGCAGAGGAGGAUCGUACGGACGUCGGAGUGCAAGCGGAGCGUGUGCGGGUAAAAAGCCGCGGGGUGGAAGUGCCCCGGGACCUGGGAUUAUGCCCAGAGUUGCAUACAAAUAACGUGGCACAAUUUACCACGGGAAAGGGAGGAACGGACGGGGGCACUGUGACAGAAAAUACCCAACAACAGCAGUUUGCUGACGGGGCGCUGUUGGCGGGAUUUCUGAACCGCGUCUUUCCCAUCAUCCGCGCUGCUAUGGAUGAGAACGAGGGAGUGGGUUCGGAUGCAACAAAGGCAAAAAGUGAGACGCAGUUCUCGUCAUCGUGUGUCUCCUUCUGCUUUUCUGCCGCGCGGAACAGGCCUGUGCUCAAGGUCCUCUUUAAUCCCUGCAAUCCAACCUAUAUAGUGGCGCUUCAUGGAUCGUGUGUGGAGGAAGGGCCCUCCAAGGAGAUGGAUCGUUACAUGUCAGUGAUUCUCCUCUGGAGUAUAUAUGACAACACUGCACCAGAGAAGGUACUUGUCUCACCAUCAGUGAUCACGUGUAUAUCCGCAAGUCCGCGAAAACCCUACUUGAUUUAUGGUGGGUCUGAAGACGGUUCUGUUUUUUUAUGGGACACCCGCGAGCCGGAGAGAAAUCAUACGACAGCCGGCCGUUAUGAAGGACAUAGAUUCCGUCUUCCCUCCUUCUCAACAUCGUGGCAAGCAGGUAAUCACUUGGCACCGUUGGUUUCGGUUACUGUUGCAGGGUACAACACAGCAACGGGCAUACGGAAAGAUGAAGCUGAACAACUAGUUUCACUCGAUGCCUUCGGUGAGACACACUUUUGGGUCGUGAAUGAAAAGGAUCAGGCGAAGGGCGCCAUCAUUGAUAAUGAAAAUGGAUUGAACAUGUUCUCCACCGUUCGACUGCUAUUGGCGGCGUCCAAAGGCAGCGAUCGUGCAAACUCAGCAUCGCUAUCGCAGGAAGCAUUUGCCAUUGAUUUUGUGCCGUCCGAUCCGUCUCAUUACGUCGUGGCGUGCGCCGAGGGGGUGCGUCACAUUAGCCGUUUCGGUAGUGUGGCCGCGCCAUCAGUUUACGGGCCCUCCUCGCGAUUUUUUAAUCAACCCAUUGUUGUGCCGUCGUGUGUGCAAUACAAUCCUGUGGAUAACAGAAUCCUUAUGGUCGGGUACGAUGAUGGCAGUGUUAGGGUGUAUCUGCACACCGAGGGUAGUCCACAGAUAUCUAUUCCCCUUAGCACUCAUCGUGUUACUGAAAUUCGCUGCAGUCUAAUGGACAAGUGGCUGUACUGGGUUUUGGACGCAGGUGGUAUGUUUUAUUUGCUUGAUUUGGCGAAGGGGGAAAGGGAACUGCCCGUUUUUUCGCAAUCCCUUUCCCAGACGAACGCCGGUAUUUGCACUUGCUUUGACACGCCACCAGAGGCAAAGGCGGAAAGCCGUAUGGUGGUAUUUGGGUUCGAGAAGGGUGAGGUUCAGCUUCACACAUUGAAUGAUCUCACUCACUCGCUAAACCCAGAUAGGAACGAACUCUGGUUGUAG